CAAGAGGACGCUUGCAUGCUGUGAUCUGUCUGUUAUUUGAUCUCCACCCUUGACGUUUGGUUUUCAUCGACAGAAACUUCUGCCAGCAGGCUUCAAAAAGUAAGGCGGUCUGCCAGAAACAAUUGAUUUAACUGAAAUAGCCUCUGAAGAAAAAGUGUACGGAACACUUCACUGAAGAGGUUUAAAACCUGAAUUUUGAUGCAAGACGGUCAUUCUAGCGACAUUUUCUGCACCAUCUGUUUACCGUUUACAUUCUGCAAUUUACCAUCAAGUCAGCUGUCUUAGAGGUAAGCAUUCCUUACAAAAUCAUAUGCUGGAUUGUUUUAGAUAUAUUGUCAAUUAAUGACGCGAGGAAUCAUUCCUUAGCAUAGAAAUUGGUCACAUUAGUUCCUACUGUGUAAACAAUCAACCAACAGAUCUUCAAGCGGAAAUCAUGCAAGCGAGUAGUGAGCCUGACAAAUCGACGUUAAACGCGCGCUUCACAGCAGUCUUUGUACGAUACUCGUCGAUCGAGAGGGUGCUUUGAGUCUUUGUUAUGCAAUUUUAACGUUCAUUUUCAAUUAACAGUGUACUUGGGGUUCUGUGAAUAUUGCAAACCGUCUCUAAGUGGAAAUAUAAAAUUAACAGAUGCAUCGGCAUUCCAGAAUAGUUCAUCUGUUUAUCGUCCCUUGAGCAUUCCGAGCCUUCUUUCCCAUUAAUUUGAUUUCAACAGAAACCUGAAUCCAUCGUAAAUCGGCCACAGUACACCUCUGAAAUAGCUGGGUAGUUUUGAUAAAUUGUCUCCUCUUUCCACCCAGUGUUUAAUUUUGUUUCAUUUUUCAGAUCAAGUGCGUGGGUUAAAUUCUUCCGUUACGCUCGAGUAACCAAACGGCAGACUGCUAUCGUAUAGCUUACAGACCUUUUUAUUCAAGUUCACGAGAAGAUGAGCUCGAAAGAAAAGAAGGACAAGACUCAGAAAGGUGAGCCGAUUGUUUAUUCUCUUCUCUGGCUGCUACACAUUUCCUUGUAAAUUAGUUAGGAGGAUUUGGCGUCAGACCAAGAUAACAACUUCUCUCCGAUAAGUUUGGGUAUUCUUAUCACCCAUUUACUGGAUAACGUAUGGAUAAUAUAGGAAGAAAUUACAGGUUGAUCACUUCUGGGAGUUCAAGGGUUAAUUAAUGAUGUAAGUUUACUUAAGAUGACAGUUGAUCGAGCUUUGUUGGUAUAAUGGUGAUGCGUACAAACUUUCUACGAGAAUUUCGAAUCGAGCGAAACACGCAAAAGCAUGAAAGAAUCUUGGCUCUUGGACACCUCUGGAAACAGGGUGACCAAGAAGUAUUUUCUCACUACAUUAUCCAUCAUCAUUAUUUAGCAGACUGAUGAUGAGAUUAAAAGAAAAAUAUCAACGCCAAACUCACACAAUUGGUAUUGUAAGAUAUGUAAGGUAGACAGUUAUGUAUAAUUAGAGAAUCACUACUUACUAAGAUCGUGUGAGUUAAACAGGAGAAACUUUCAAAGCCUGGCCAUUUGCUCUCUUCAGAGUUUUGAGGACAAUUACUAAAAAAUAUUAGUAGUCGGCUGGACAUUUCGUUCACAAAAUUGUAGGUGGAGUUUGACCAGGUACAAAGGUGCCGUGCUGCAUGAGUCUCCUCAACAAAACGUUUCAUUUUCUUUUCUUUACCUUGUUGAGUCACACAUGACUAUAACUUUUUGAAUCAGCACGGCUUUUAGCUAUAUAUUUUAACACUGAUUCCCGAUCGAUGUCUUCAAAAGUUAGAAUAUAGUGCAACAGGCUCAGUUUACUACAAUGCUUCAAACUGGGAAAAAUAUUUUUUUUGAAGCAAAGGCAAACGCAAGGUUUUGUCUAGAAGUUUUAUUACAACAUCUGGGAUUACAAUACGCCACUCACUGAUGUCAACAGGAUGUACAGUACGAAUUAAUACUUUGAACAAAUCAGAAAUAAAUUAUCUUGCAGCUAUCGCUUUUGUUUCGAGAUAGAGGGAAGGCUGAAAACGUCGCGGAUCAAGUUAGUUAAUUAUUUAUGGGGCGAGCUUCUAAAUCUUGUCAGCUAGUGCCGAUCACAGCAUAAAAUUAUAAAUUUAAGAAUCCAUAAAAAAUGCCGUAAGUAAGCAUUGAGAUCCUCUUUACGCGUCUUUACGAACUUCUUUACACUUUCGUAAAGAAUGUCUUUACGCAUUGAAAACUAUAGUGCGUAAAGAUCACGGAGAGAGACUAUAAAGGCUAUUUUUACGUGCCCUGUAAAAAGUCGUGUAGAGAAUGUUUACGAUAUUAUACGGCGAUUGUAAAGCGAUCAGAAAGGCGAUCUUUACGCGUUAUUACACUAUCGUGAAUGGAAAGUAUUUACAUGACCAUUUGUCAUUUUGCAGUUGUCUGAAUUUUUUGGCAACAUUCCCUUUUUGUUAAUCAGACUGUAAAAAAUGUUAGUUCAUGACAACGUCAACGUAAUGCGCGUAUCAACCAAAGUUGUAUCGAGAACAUUUGUAAUAUGUAUUUAACGCUUCCUUCAAACAAUGCCGCACAUUCCCUUUCAAGGAGUGACCAUAACAACACGUGUUUUAAUGCAUCGCAAUUCGUUUCACUGUCAUAACUCUUUAACUUGAUUAUUUAAUUUUCACAGUAACGUUGCUAGAGGUUCAAACGACGAAUGGUUUAUGUACACGGGAUAAGAACUGAAAAAUACAAAUAUCAUAAAUGUAAAUAUUUUUACAUAGAUAUACAAAAUGCCUCAUUGGUUUCAUACAGCUACAAUUACCUUUUUAUGUGUCCUAUCGUUAGUUUUCAAAUAAUGAUAAUGAGUAAAAAAACAGCAAGAGAAUGUAAAUUAUGUAGAAGAGAUUAAAAAGAGAACACAUAUUUUAUGCUAUAAGAAAAUCAUCUUCAGGUGAAAAAACUGGUAUUGAAUUAAAUCCUUUAACAUUUACUUGUCGAUUCUACAUGUGGCAUAGCUGGCUAGUUAGCAUCUCAUCAUUGAUUGUUAAUGAGUUUGAAUUUAUACUUAUACUUAGAAACAAUAACAACAGGGCUUUUUGCAUUUCAUUUCAAAAAUCGCACCUUUUCUUAGAGCUUUUUCUAUUUAUCAAUCCCUUUGAUGUUUGAUUAUUGACAGGUAUCAAUAAACUUAGAAUUUUACAUGUACAUGCAUAACAUAAUAUAGAUUUUUAUCUACGUGUAAUGCAUUAUGUAAAUAGAGGAAGUUUUCACCAAGCACUCUUAUCCUUCAUACCAUCACUUGAUCCAUUCACUUUAAAAUAAUCAGUGUGACUCCUUGUUCAUGUUAAAGUGACUACCACAACCAAUUUUAUGUUCUACAAAAAAUCUUUGCCUUCAUUCGUGAUUUUGUUCACUUAUCCAUAUCCUGUAAUAUCAAUAAGUGAUCAGUGACUGAUCCAUAGUAAAACUAUUGUGGCCUAUUUCAUGUUUUUUUUUUUUAAUUUAAAUUUUAUCAAUUAGUCAUUGAUUUCGAAACGAAACUAGUUUAUAUCAUCAAUUGCUUUCCAGCUAGUACCCCGACAAAAACCUCUGUCACGUUUAUAUGUAGCCCUCCCCAUUCUCCUAUUGGAUUUAACAACUAGGACUACCAUUGAUAUUGCGUGGAAGAGAUGGGGUUGGUGGGGGGCAACCCCCGAGGCGCCCUGAGGCACCCAUCACUUCACAAUCGUAAACAGCAAUGGUUUCAGUUGAAUGUUAUUUUUUUUUUAUUGAUUGUUUUAAAACCUUAAUACGCGCAUAUUGCACGAUAGCCAACUUCAUAACCUGAGGAAACGCUAAUACCUCAUUCUAGAGUAUUUUUGCCUUUUCAUAGGCAUGUAAAAAUGUCCAUUUCAAUUCAGAUAAAUUUGUUACAUUUACAGAGUUAGUUUACAUCUUCUUUAUAGCAAUAAAAUGUGUACUUAAACAACGUGGAUUUCAUUCGUUAUUGGUCAUAACGUCUGCUCCUAAGAUGAUGUGAGGUGUGUUUAAAAUGUAAUUACACUUGCUAAAGAUAAAAAGCCUUUCUAUAGCAAACUUGUGGCAGCUAUUUCACUUGCAGAUGAAGCAUUGCUCUUGACAGAGGAUGAGAUUUUUUAAUUCAGUAGAACUUCAACAGUACUGAUAUGUGUAACUAGGAGUGGGUCAGCAGAGACUGCUGAGUAAAGUUUCAUCUCCGGAAAAAUACAGACGAAUACUAGAACCAUUGAUAGUCGGAUCUUAAAGUUCGACGAGCUUGCUAUUACAAACAAUACAGCAUCACGCUUUCACACGUCAUUGCCGGGUCCAUUUUAUGGAAAAAAAACAACGAUUUUCUCUCGUCACGACAACUCCCUGAUCAUGAGUUUCAAGGCGCGUUAAAAAAAAUGUAGUUUUAAUAUAUUCAUGCGAACACAAAGUUUAGAAACGGUGUAAAAGACAGAAUACAGAGGCGGAAAGAGGAUUAAAAGCACGUUAAGACUGAUUGUGCGUAAAGAAAGUUAAGGGUCGUCGAGAUACACUAUUCGCAAAGAGAAUUAACGGCACGUAAAGAUUAAUUGUGCGUAAAAAUGUUAAAGUUUCGUAAAGAACAGUAAGUAAAGAUGCGUAAAGAAUAUUAAAAACGUGUAGUGUUAAAAGCGAAACUGGUCAAAAUACCUCGGUAAUUCUACUGAAGAUGGAUAAGCCAUAAUUACCUUUAUUGAUUAAUUAAUUAAACCAAACACUGCAGAAAUACGUGCAAGUUUACAAUACAAUAGAUGAGGAGUUAUCUAAAAAGUAUAACUUUCUUUACAAAUAUUAAACUGGAUAAAGUUAAAAAGAGAUAUUUACAAAGCAGCGCUUAAAGCGCUCUGUGCGAAUACGUGGUAGCAUAUAGUUAUGGCCACGUUGACGUAAAGAUUGAUGUGUACGUUUGUUCGGUAGAAGACCUGUUGAACAAUGUGUAUCUGUAGCUGUGAUUUUUUUCCAUAGUUGUUUAUCGCUAAUUUGAAUUACAUCACUGAUGAAUAUAAGCUCCUUAGCGUAGCCAUAUUUCCAUGCUCGCUUGCAGAAUUUAUCGAUCUUAGAGACGUAUUUACCACCAUAAGCACAUGCCCAUACUUCAAUUGCGUAUGUAAAUACGGACAUAAUUAAGCUAUGGAAUAAGAUCGUAAGCUCUUCUAAAGUGUACCCAUAGUACUUACAAAUUCUGAGGAUAUAGAGUCUUGAAUUAGAGUUAUCCAUCAUAUUAUGAAAAUGAGCGUCUCAGUUGCAUGGAUUUUCAUGAAAAGUUACUCCCAAUAAUUUAAGUUCGCUCUUUCUGUCAAUAAUGGGCACAGUCCCAGGAGGAUUUUUGGGGGUCUUUCCUUUCAUUACUACUUCCCACGUCUCAGUUAGGUUUAAUUUCAAACGAUUCAUAUUUGGACAAAGCUUAACGUUCUGAAUUUCACUGACCGAUGAGUCAUCAGGCAAAUUUGGCCCAACUGGAAUACUCUAGGUUAUAUCGUCUGCAAACUUAAUAAGCAGGUUUGUUUCCGGGUUCACAACAUUAAUGUCAUUAACCAUGAUGGAAAAUAACACUGGGUCUAAGACGGUCCUCUGUCGAACACCCCUGUCGAUUUCAACGAGCUUUGUUGUGACACCGUCGACCACAACUCUCAGUUUACGGUUACUCAAAAAAAUUCAUCAUCCUGUUAAUAACAUAAGGGUUGAUAUUAUAUAACUUGAGCUUAUUACGUAAAAUCUGAUGGGAAACAAAAUCGAAAGCUUUACUAAAGUCGAAAGAAUACACCUUAACAAUGUCUGCGUCUUUAUCCAACCAGUUUAACUAAUAAUGUUGACAUUUAAGAAGGGCCAUUGUGGUAUUAUAUCCCUUCUUAUAGGCAAGCUGGUUAAGUCCAGUAGAUGACUGCAGAGUAGUAGAUAUUUCUUGUUUGACCUCUCCUGUCAAAAAAUUACAGGUGGUAUUACUUCUCAUGCAAUAUCUCUCUGGAUUUUAGCACAUCAAACGUGAAGUUAUUGUGUCUAGAUAAUCAAGUAUUGAUUAGUUAGUAUUGGAAAUAGCAUAGCAUUUUCAGAGUAUUUGGGAUAUUCACCGCGAGUGAUAUUUCAAAAUUCAUCAAAAUAUCACGGGCUGCGAAGCGCUGGGCACGUGAUUUGGGGAGUUUUGAAAUAUAACAAGCAAGUUACGUUUCCACCACUUUGUCGUUGACUCUGGUGAUGUGUUGUCUGCAAACAGCUUGUAAUUCUGCGCAUUGAAAUAACGGAUUAGGUUACUGGUACAAUGGCAAAAAAGGGACCUUACAGCCCUUUAAGUUCAAGCCAAAAGUAUAGUAAGAGGUACUGUAAGUGUUUACUAUAUAUAUGAACUGAUCACUACAGUUAUCACAACCACAUUUGGGUAUAAUAUUUAAAUACAUGUAGCAAAAUGACGUUUUUAUGUUUAUUUUGGAAAGGAAUAUUUGAACAAUCUCAUGUAAAAGCCUUAUUAAAAGGAUAAGGAUAUGUUGUCCUUGAAUUCAGAGGUUCUUACAAGGACGAGGAUUGAAUGCAGCGGAAAAUGCACCCAUCUCAGAAACAUGUAAAAAUGUUGGUUGAAUUGUUUUCCCUCCUGUAGCUAAUUGUUUAUUCCCUUUUUGCCUGCAUUGUUUUCAGAAAGUAAGAAGGAGAAGAAAGAGAGAAAAGAGAAAAAAAAGAAGAGAGACUCGAAGGAUUUAGAAGCGUCCUCAAAUGACUUCACCGUGGAAAACGAAGAAAAAGAUGGAUCCUCAUCAAACUCAAAAUCUGUGUUUGGAAUGUUCAGACGAAGUGGACGGAAAGAUAAAAGAAGUUCAAAACACGGCUCCUCGGACAGCUUGAAGAGACUAAGUGUUGAUUCAACUGAAUUUGGCGACAGGCGCUCUAGUGGUGUUUCGAUCAAUGAGUCAGCGAGUGCCAAAGUUUCAACACCUAGCACUGAAGUUGUUAAGGAAAAUGAGAAGCCACAGACACAGAGGGACCAGCCUUCUGAAUUGGAAAUUGUCAGUGCAGCUCAUCCAGCUCCGGUGGAAAAAAAAGAUUCUAAGAGACCUGAUGUACCCCUAGCAGCAGAGAUUCUCAAAACCGUAGAUACUAUGAUGGCGAAUAAUGGGGAGGAGGAGGUUCAAACCAAAAAGGACGAGGAAGAAUCAGUUAUGACGCCAGAUAAUGAUAAGGGAAGCCUAAAGCAAGAAGAACAAAUUGCUGAAAAAAAACCAGAACCUGCAGUUGAGAUGGAGAGUCAGUUGCAAGAGGCUAACACUAAAGAAUAUAAGCAAGAAGAAUCAGUGAAUGAACAGGUGUUAAAACCCGAUAAUCCUGAUCAGGAAGUACUCCUGAAGAUUGGAAAUGGUCCUGCAGUAGAAAAAGAAGAAGUCCAUUCUUUAAAAAAGGGGCAGCAGAAAGAAAAUCAAUUCCAAAUGCAAGUCGAAGAAUUUCUUACACUUAAUGCCAAAGUCGGAGAAGUAUCGACGCCAAAAGCUAAAAGUAAGGAGCAAAAUGAGGAGAUUGGAAAUGGUCCUGCAGUAGAAAAAGAAGAAGUCCAUUCUUUGGAAAAAGGGCGGCAGAGAGAAAAUCAAAUCCAGCUGCAAGUCAAAGAAUUUCUUAAACUCGAUGCUAAAGUCGGAGAAAUAUCGACGCCAAAAGCUGAAAAUGAGGAGCAAGAGGAAAAGGGAGAAAGGAAAUCUGUUGAAGAUUCAGAGCGAAGGUUUAACGUGAUCCAUAAAACGCCUCCAUUUAAGGGGGAAGGCACCUUUACCACAAGCACCCCCAAGCGUGAAUCAACCAAAAGAACGCAGGUUGAAAAAAGCGGUAGCCCUGAAAUUCAAGUCCAGUCGACUAAUCGUGCAGUAAAAGGAGACAAACAAACAUCCGUAGUGGAGUUUCACUUUGAAGCUCAAAUCGGAAAUGACAUCAGAGAUGCAAAGUCCUCUACAGAAGUACUCCUGGCCCAGUUGAUAGAAGUUAACAAGAAACUUCGCAUGUUGCAAGAAGAACUGCUUGAGUUUCGGAAAUCAAACGGUAAAUUGGCAUAACUACAGAAACUCUCUAACUGAUGCGACUCCUGAUAAAUGUAGGAUGUAUUUUUUUUUUGAAGUUUAAUGUUGUGUAACGCGGGAGAAAGGUUUGCUUUGUUCAUUGCCUUUAGGUUCUUUUCUUUUAGCUUUGGAACAAUUUUCCCAAACUGGCUUGCAAGGUUUUUUUUAGAGUCUUCUUGCUUAUUCUACCUGUUUUCAUUUUUGGAACAAAAAGAUAGUCUCAAGCAAGCAACAGCCUUUUGUAAAAUUCCAUAUUCUUAGUAAUCAGAAUAUUCUUGGCGGAAAUUCAUUGUUUAGCUGUUAGUCUGUGUAACGCUGGAUCGGAAAACUACCCUGGUCAGGCUGGUCAAUAAAAAGCAGUUCCUGCACUUUAUUGUUU